GUAUCCUUUUGAGAUACCAUACAUGCUACUGUGCAGAAAUUCGCGUGGAUCAUUUAGACAACACUCUUCUUUUAAAAAAAAACAUCAUCUCAUCCAUUGUAGCCUUCCAUACGCUGUUUCCAAGUAGUUGACGAUCUUUGUACCUGAAGCGGAGAGCAAGACGGAUGGCAGCCAAGUCAAGAAGCACAGAUGAUGUCUUUAGAAGUUUUGGAGAAAAUCUGCAACUUGUUGUUGAUAAGUUGAGAGAAAAUGUGCCUCCAAGGGAUGCUACAGAUUUUAACUUGGCUGAAUAUUGGACCAAGAUGGAGAUGGUCUUCAAAGCAAUGUCCUUUGAAGCAACCAAGCUAGCCAUGUGUUUCGCUAGUCCACCGGUUCCCAGCCCAGAGGAAUGCCAGUCUCUCAUGAGCUCAGUGGAGAUGAAGACGGUCGCAUUGGUGUCCCUCUACUAUGGGCUGCCCAAAGAACAAGGGGUGACAUUACGAAAGCGUACAAGGAACCUGGUGAUUGGUGUAGUAGAGAGCAUCAAGGAACUUGCAGAGAAUAUCAAGAGGGCAGGUUACAAGAGUAGUGAGGAUCAGUUGAAGUCAACAGGAGCAGUAUGGGCGUCAUGUGACAUCUUCCACUCCUCCGCCAAAAACAACAAGGAAGCCGUCUUGAAGGAACUCAAGUCUACGUCGGGGCUUGUCAAAGAUGCUUUUGAAGAAUUGAAUGAGGCUAAGGAUACAAAUGGUAGCAGCGUUGAUGGCAUGGGAUUCAUGAUGACCGAUGAUGAGCCUGAGCUUGACCAAGAAGAAGAGGCAGUAUGGUCAGACCAGGACAAGGCGGUCAUUCAUCCGGCCCUUGGGCUGGCCAAUGCCUGUAAGGCUUGUGUGAAGAAAGUCACAGAAGCCAUCAAUAGGAGUGGAAAGUCUGUGGAGAUGGUGCACAUAAAUGAGCUUGACGAGGUGGUAGAGAUAGCAGACGAGAUCAGUCCGGACCUGGAUGAGUUGGUGUCCUGCCUGUAUGCUCCUAUGAACUAUACUGUGAUACGAGCCAAUGCUUCACUGAUGGCUGACGUCUUACACAAGCUUCUGAACAUGGUCAGAGCCUCCCACAUAGUGACAACAGAUGACCCUAAGAUAGACAACUCUAAGUGGUUGGACUUCUUGGCCAAGGCCAUUGACCACAACGUUGACCAGAUCAAGAACAUUACCAAGGAAGAAAUUCCAAGAUGAUGAUUGAGAUGAAGAGCAAACUUCAAAUAGAAACAAAGACUUUUUUUUCUACAAAAGUGAUUCCAUUUCAUGGAAUGCAGAGCUCUACUGGUGGAUCAUGUGUACCUUUAAAAGUUGCAGCUCAAAAUAUGGAAGAAAGCUAGGUUUUUAACCCAAGGUAUAUGUGUCAACGGGAGGAGAUACAAUGAUAAUAUUCAUUCUGUUCAAAUAUAGCGCAUAAUAUAUCUAUGUACUUCCAAUGGACUUUAGAUGGAACUGGGUUUUUAACCCACAGUAUAUGUUUCAACUGGAGGAGAUACAUGUGUAUAAUGAUAGUAUUCUGUUCAAAUAUUGCACAUAUCACAUUAAAAAAUAUCUUUAAAGAUGAA